AUUGAUUGAUUUUUCAUUUAAAUCUCAAAAUUAUGAAACCCACCUUUUCUAAUUUCAUUCCACCCAUCCAAGGCCAACUCGCAGGCCAAUCCUUGACGGACUCCACUCGAACCCACCGAAGGUGCCAGAUCGCCCUUCCGCGCUCACCAAACAAACCCUCCCAAACUCCAACUUCCAAGAGGCCCCCAAGGCCCCAAGGCUUGACCACUGCGGGCGCCACUUGCGACCGGGGGGGCCAUGGCUGCUGGUCCACUGACGUUAGAAAGGCCUGGAUUCGUUGCCUGCACCCAAGUGGCUAGCGCCGGUCCAUCCUGGCCGUUGGAUCGUAGUAUCCUCGGGUGGGACUGAAAUGUGAUGGAUGUUCGUGUUUCCCUUGUUUCGCGGUUUUCAGGUGGGGGUUGAGGGAAAGGGAAGAAAUGAUUCUUAGUUAUUAUAAUUAUUUAGGUUGA